AAGUAGGUCAACCUCGGGAAUCGAUUUCCGACGGAGAAUAGAGUUCUUACAAUUGUAUAAUAGCCGCGUCAUUCUAGGGAUUGAAUUUUCUAAGAAGUUUAUUUACCUUUUUCUGUAUAAUCUAAUUUGCUUACAAGUCUUCAUCAUGGCAAGCAGGUCAAGACUUGCCCCGGUCUUGAGGCGGGUAGGAACGCCUAGCCUGAGAAAAUCCGCGACGACCUUCAACCCCGCCGUGUAUGCCACUCGGCAUAUAUCUAGUACCACGCCGAGACGAUUUCGAGACUCGAGCGCACGAGCCGCCAAGUUCACAACAGAAUCUUACCCAGAACUCAAACGAGACAGCCGUUUUGCCCAGUUAACAAAAGAGCAUGUGGAUUAUUUCAAGGGGAUCCUCGGCAGGGAGUCCGCCGUAAUCGACGGCGUGACUGCCGAUGCAGCGGAAGAUGAGAUAGAACCGUUCAACCUCGAUUGGAUGCGCAAAUUUCAGGGCCACUGCAAAUUGGUAUUAAAGCCAGGAUCACCCGAGCAUGUCAGCAAGAUCUUGAAAUAUUGCAACGAACAUUCAUUGGCCGUUGUUCCCCAGGGUGGUAAUACUGGUCUAGUCGGUGGUUCCGUACCCGUAUUUGACGAGAUUGUUAUCAGCGCUAGCCGAAUGAACCAAAUCCGGUCCUUCGAUGAAGAUGCCGGUAUUCUAGUCGCCGACGCUGGUGUCGUCCUAGAAGUGGCCGAUCAAUAUCUUGCCGAGAAGGGCUACAUUUUCCCCUUAGAUCUAGGCGCCAAAGGCUCGUGUCAUAUCGGCGGUAACGUUUCGACCAAUGCUGGUGGGCUCAGACUACUCCGCUAUGGAAGUUUGCACGGCACCGUUUUGGGGGUUGAGGCUGUUCUGCCUGAUGGGACGAUCAUCGAUGACCUGAGCAAGCUGCGAAAGAACAACACCGGAUACGAUCUGAAACAGCUCUUCAUCGGCGCGGAGGGGACCCUUGGCAUGCUCACCGCGGUCUCGAUACAAUGUCCCAAGCGAUCAAAAGCUGUCAAUGUUGCUUUCCUCGGCGUCGAAUCGUACGAUAAACUUCUACAGGCUUUCAGGGAAGCCAAGUCGCAGCUUGGCGAAAUCCUAUCAGCUUUCGAAAUGAUGGAUUCUCAAAGCCAAGCUAUAUUCCACAAGGUAAAGGAAAACAAGCGACCGCUGGAUGGAGAAUACCCAUUCUAUUGUGUAAUAGAGACAAGUGGAUCGGAUUCCGAACACGACAACGUGAAGUUAGAAAGGUUCCUUGAAGACAUUAUGUCCAGAGAGAUCGUCACCGACGGUGUUGUGGCGCAAGAUGAAACCCAAUUCAGGGCACUUUGGAGUCAAAGAGAGGGCAUCACAGAAACUCUAGGUCAUUGGGGCGGAGUCUAUAAAUACGAUUUCUCGAUUCCGCUCAAAUCCAUGUACCGGCUUGUGGAAGAUGUCAGAAAGAGGCUUGAGGAUAUGGGACUAAAAGGCGAUACCGAUGACUAUCCCGUCGUGGAUGUCGUCGGGUAUGGUCAUAUGGGUGAUUCGAACCUACACCUUAACGUCGCAGUGCGAGGAUUCAAUAAGAAGGUGGAAGCAGCCCUUGAGCCAUACGUCUAUGAAUGGGUCAGCAAGGAGAACGGCAGCAUCAGCGCUGAACACGGUUUAGGCUUAACCAAGAAGAAGUACAUCGGCUAUAGCCGUAAUGAUGGCAUAAUAGAGUGGAUGAAGAAGAUUAAGAAACUCUUCGAUCCGAACGGAAUUAUGAACCCUUAUAAGUAUAUAUAGACUAUAGAUCUCUUUAACUACUACUGUUAUCUAUAGUAAGGGAUUAAAAGGCAAUACAUCAAAACACCCACGAAGGUUCGGUCCUGAUCAGCCGGAAGCGCCAUUUUAUGAUCCAGAGCAUUGCUGUUACAACUGGCACAAUGCAAAUUUAGUGUAAAACCUUGUACUUUCUAAUCCUUGGCUACCGACUUGUGCCAGUUAAGGAGAUGGACCACCACCGCUCAAGAGGAUAGUCUCUUCCAAAACAAGGACGGGAUUUACGUCUUCGCGAGUCCAGGUCAUCUUGGUUGGUAUUUCAAAAGGGAUAUCCACAACGGCAUGUGAGGCGCACUGGUUUCGAUGAUGGGAUGAUAUAUGAGUGGUUUAAAAGCGAUUGAUAAUAUAUUCCAAACCCUAUCUUCUAAGCAUGUUUUCAUAUAUGAGAUCGAUAAUGAGUACCUAGUUAAAGCCAGGUGAGUUCUGAAUCUAUGUAGGUCGUAGCCGGAGAUGGACUUAUAUAUAGCUUAUCGAUAAACCAAGCACUUCGAUUAGAUAAGGGGUGGGAGUUAUGUAGGAAAUUUACAUACUUCCUCUUCAC